AUGAGUUCACGUCGUAGAUCAAUGGAAGAACCAUUAUUGGUUCCCAAGACAGCUAUUACUAUUCCAAAUGGUAGGAGAUCUUCUGCCUUAGUCGCCGGAUCAUUGCAGGGCAGGAAGACUUCCUUAUCAAGAUCAAUUCCAGUGGCACAAGGAUCCAAACUGGGUAAAAGCAUUGAUUCUCAUGCGAUGAUCGAUAUUGAUUCGCCAAAUUUUAAGAUUGAGCAUCCAGAGAAGAAUGAAGAGAUCCUUAACAGCUUUAGAAAGAACUAUUUGACAAAUAAUAUGGGAAAGGAUUCAAGAACAAGUACCAGGAGUCAAUCUGCCACUAGUGGUACUGUUGUGAUGGAUCACAGGAGUAAUCAUUCUAAUUCAGAUACUGAAUCUGUUGGUAAGAGUCAAGAUGGGAAACUUUCAUGCGCAGGAGGUGAUAUCGUUAGAGACAUUUACAAAUUGGCCAAUAAAGACUGUGAUAAGACUUCGAAAGGUGCAAAGUCAAUGGAAGAUGUACCCUUGGAAUCGGAGCGCCAAAGAAGACAGUCAACCGCUAGCGGUCUUAACGUUCCUGGUGGAUUUAGAAGAGAAUUUAUUGUUAACAAGAUGAGACAACAACAGCAGCAACCAAGGGACUAUGGUUCUCAACCCAAUUCUUCAAUGAGCUCCCCAAUUGAAGAUUUGGAAGAUGGGCUCGCUGGUGAGAACGAUAUUGAUCAAAUUCCUUUUUUGACGAGAAACUUUUUGGAAUUUCUAUACGUUUAUGGUCAUUUUGCUGGUGAAUCCUUUGAAGAUGACUUCUUGCCAGAAGACGUAAAGUUACCCAAAAAUAUGGGGGAGAGAGCUUCCUUACUUUUGGAGGAAAAUGGCCAUGCUGCUACCUCUGCUACCGCGGCUGUUAAAGUUGGUAUUACGCCAACUUCAAAAGCAUUUUUGUUGUUAUUGAAAUCAUUCAUUGGUACUGGUGUCCUUUUCCUACCACAUGCCUUUUCUAACGGUGGGUUAUUCUUCAGUAUAGUCAUGUUGUUAUUUUUUGGAUUAUAUUCGUUUUGGUGUUAUUAUAUUUUGAUCAGAGCCAAGGAGGUCGUUGGUGUAACUUCCUUUGGUGACAUUGGAUUGCGGUUGUACGGCCCGUGGGUUAAAUUCAUUAUUUUGUUUUCAUUAGUAUUCACACAAUUAGGAUUUUCUGGUGCUUAUGUGAUCUUUACCGCUGAAAACUUAAAGGCAUUCUGUUCCAACGUAUUGCAUUUUAGUGAGAAUAUACCCAUCCUCUAUUUCAUGUUAGCACAGUUCGCAAUCUUUAUCCCACUUUCAUUCAUUAGAAACGUUUCCAAAUUGUCACUACCUUCUCUAUUGGCCAACUUUUUUGUCAUGGGUGGUCUAGUCAUUGUUUUAUUCUUCAGUCUCAAGCAGUUGGCAUUAGAAUCUCAUAUGAAACCAGCAGAAGGUGUUGUUCUUCUAUUUAAUACAAACCGUUGGACAAUGUUUAUUGGUACUGCCAUUUUUGCAUUUGAAGGUAUUGGGCUUGUAAUCCCAGUACAAGAUUCCAUGCGGCAUCCAGAGAAAUUCCCGCUGGUCCUUGGUAUGGUUAUUAUAACUUCUACGGUCCUUUUCAUUACUAUUGGUUCCAUCGGAUAUUUGGCUUACGGUUACAAGAUUAAGACAGUAAUCCUGUUAAAUUUACCACAGGCGAAUAUUUCUGUUAAUUUAAUUCAAUUUUUCUAUUCAUUGGCAAUUAUGUUGUCUACGCCUUUGCAAUUGUUCCCUGCCAUUAAGAUUAUUGAGAAUAAAGUUUUCCCUAAAUUUAUCAAGAUUUAUGUGAAAAAAGAUGAUAAUACUACAGGUGUUGAAAUGAGACCUAAUUCAGGUAAACUUAACUGGAAAGUCAAAUGGUUGAAGAAUUUUGUUAGAUCAUUAAUUGUUGGGUCAGUCAUUCUAAUGGCAUAUUUCGGAGCUGAUCAAUUGGAUAAAUUCGUAGCAUUGAUUGGAUCAUUUGCCUGUAUUCCACUAGUUUACAUGUAUCCACCGAUGCUUCAUUUGCGUUCUUGCAGCUUACCCAAUCAUAAAGGUGGGAGGAUUAACUGGUCCGCUGGAUUGGACUACGUUUUAAUUAUCUUUGGUGCCAUUAGCAUGAUUUACACAUCUUAUCAAAGUGUCACCCAAUGA